AUGUCUGCUUACACCAAGCGUAUGGCACUCCUGGCCAAUCGUAUUUUUGUUGAUUAUGGUCGGCCGCUGGAUUCAAAGUCUGCCAAGGUGAUAAAAGUGAUGAGUGAGCAGCCGGAAGCCAUCAAGAUCAAGGACUGGUAUCCCCCGCUGGAGGAGUACAGCAACAUCUUGGCCACUCUCCGUCGCCUAGGUCUCUUCCGUGACGAGCAUGCGGACUUCCGAGAUGAGAUGGACAGACUACGUUCACUUCGGGGAAAGCCACGCAAGACGUGGGGCAAGAAGAGCGAAAGCAGCUAA